CAUCAUUCAAUACAAAUCAUUUCAAACAUCCUCUGUUUUCCUUGUCUCAAAUUAUACCGCUUCACCUGAGCGACACUGAGGCUUUUACUUUGCAAGGUAAACCGGAAGUCACUUGUGACUUUCCCUCUGACUUGACAGCGGUCUCCUCCGGUGGUGGUUCUCCGGGAUGCUGAGCGGGCGGGGCCGGGUUGUCUCGCAGUGCUGUGCCGUGGAGUGAUGUGGAGACAGGUCCGGGACACAGAGGGACACACGGGGGAGCAGAGCUAACAUCAGUGCGGCUGUUGUCUAAGAAAUCACACUGGUUCAAUUCUGUGGUUGUGUAUUUUCCGAGCACGAUGGAUUUACCUGACAACCUGCUCUAACGCCAACAGCGGAGUCAUCCCCGCAGCCUGACACACGGACAUCUUGUUUCUCUCGGAGAGUAAGGAGGAUCUUUUUUUCCGCUCGGCUCCGGGGCAGCAGGAGCUUCUCGUGGGUUGUUGUGUCGCUGUGUGACCCGCAGCAUGGCGUGGCCCUGUAUCAGCAGGGCGUGCUGCAUGGCCCGCUUCUGGAACCAGCUGGACAAGGCGGACAUCGCGGUGCCUCUGGUCUUCACCAAGUACACGGACGUGUCGGAGAUGCAGCACAUCCAGCUGCAGCCGCCGCAGGCCCGGGUCGCCAUAGAAACGCAGCCGUCUCGCGCCGAAGCCCGCGCCACGGCCCCACGCGCGCCGCGGAGGUGCGUCUCCGAGGAGCGCGUGUGCAGCUCGGUGAUGCGCGAGGACUUCAAGCACUGGAAGGUGCGACCGGAACCGAGCUGCAAACCCAAGAACGAGUACCACGGGCCCGAGACGCCGUUCAACAGCGAGACCCAGUACCAGAAGGACUACAAGCCCUGGCCCAUCCCGAAAAGGUACGACCAUCCCUGGAUACCGAAACCUCCAGCCGCCGGGGAGGACCGGGCACCGGACAGGUCCAGACACGCGAAGCAGCACGUUGACAGCGGUGUGGAGAAGAGCGCUAUAGCCGACAAGGUGCAGGAGAAAGACCUGCUGCCGGGUCCCGAGAGGAAAAAACGGCCCACCAAACAACAAGUCGUCCUGAAGGUGGACGGAGAGGGCAAAGGGAGGGCGGCGGCGGAUGCUGUAAACAGGCAGAUCAAACAGGAGAUCAAAGCCGGCAGCUCAUACACAAAUGAAUUCAAGGCUUACAGAGAUGUGAAGCCCGCCAAGAUGAUCCGGGCCAAGUCCCAGUACCUGCCACCAGAUGAGAAGACCAGCCUGGAGACCAGCUACAGCGCCACCUUCAAGGGGCAAGCCCCACAGCAGCCGGCUGACAACAAGGCCCUGGAGAGGAGGAGGAUACGCAGUUUGUACAGCGAGCCUUACAUAGACUCCAGCAAACAGGUUGACAGAUAUAGUGUCCCUCGCUCUAAACCCAAAAAGUCUGGAGCCACAGCGGCUGGCCAGGGCAAGCCAGUGAAGAAAGCCAAAGAUAAGCAGAGCGCUGGGCUGAGGGGCUCCAAGAAGACAACCUCGGAGAACCAGUCCGAGAACCGGCCCGCGGUGGGGGACAAGGAGAAAAGUAAAGAGAUGAACAACAAACUGGCUGAGGCAAAAGAGGUUGUGCUAAAACAGUACCACUACAUACAACUCUGCCAGCCAAUCCGAGAUAUUGGCUGGGUGCAGACUCUAAAGCAACACCUGUGGGGCUGUGCACUACCCAAUCCCAGAGGUGCUAAAGACGAGCCUCUCCGACCCAGUCAUCAUCAUUCCCAGGGUGCUAUUGGAGGAGAGCCACCACCACCACCACUGGAAAGGCCCGAGCCACGGAGGAGCGGCGGAGUCGUCCGUUUUGCCCUAGACGGGAACCAGACUGAGUAGCUCUGCCUCUGCGAUGGAGGAGGCAGCUACACCUGUAUACACCGACUGCCGCUCUGUGCUGUAUAUAUCUAGUAUUUAAGGUGGAUUAGGAAAAGAGAUGAAUCCUACACAUACAAUAAAACAGCCUACAUAUUUGAAACACGCAUGUUUUUGGCUCAGAGGUCACAGCUGUUUGACGCAAAUGGCAUUAUCGCAAAGGUGCUACAUUAUUUUACAGUUUCAUGCAAUUUAUUUCAAAGGAUAUUGUCAAAACUGUUAGAAAAACGACACCAUAAAGUGCUUAUACAACAAUGACAUAACAAACUGUUCUGUACAAUGACCGGUUUUAGUGUAAAUAA